AUGGUGAACCACUUGAAGGCCAAAUUCCACAAGGACCAUGUAUAUGAAGACAGGCAUUCAGUGCAGUCACUCAUCACUGGUGUUGACUCCUUGUUACAUAAAGUGGACUCUGAAAAACCAGAGAGUAGAAAGGAGGUGUUAGAGAGCUUCAAAAAAGUUUCCAGUGGUGAAGACGAGACUUUUACACAGGAACUCUGUGACACCCUGUACUGUCACAUCAGCAGUGGCAUGCUAGAAAAUGAUGGUGGCAUCGAAGACUUGGAGAGGGAGACGAGAGAAGACCUACCAGAACCAGUGGACGUUCCUGAGUCAAGUACUCACAUUUAUUCUUACAUCAAGAACAAGGUGUGGAGCUUCCUUGGGCUAAUGGGCUGGUGGGUAAAUACUCAGGUCAACAGCCACAGUGAAAGGGUAGCUGAAACCCUGAUAGAAAAUGGCCUAACACGCUCACCUUUUGGCACCAGUGGGAGCGUGCAUUCAACUGUUGACAGCCACAGUGAAAAGGUAGCUGAAACUCUGGCAGAAGAUGUUUCAACACGCUCACGCUCUGGCACCAGAGUGAGCGUACAUUCAUCUGUCAAGAGCCACAGUGAAAAAGUAGCUGAAACUCUGGCAGAAGAUGGCCCAACACGCUCACCCUUUGGCACCAGAGUGAGCGUACAUUCAUCUGUCGAGAGCCACAGGAAAUCAGUAGCUGAAACUCUGGCAGAAGAUGGCCUAACACGCUCACCCUUUGGCACCAGAGUGAGCGUACAUUCAACUGCCGAGAGCCACAGGAAAUCACUAACUGAAACUCUGGCAGAAGAUGGCCCAACACGCUCACCCUUUGGCACCAGAGUGAGCGUACAUUCAUCUGUCGAGAGCCACAGGAAAUCAGUAGCUGAAACUCUGGCAGAAGAUGGCCUAACGCGCUCACCCUUUGGCACCAGAGUGAGCGUACAUUCAACUGCUGAGAGCCACAGGAAAUCACUAACUGAAACUCUGGCAGAAGAUGGCCCAACACGCUCACCCUUUGGCACCAGAGUGAGCGUACAUUCAUCUGUCGAGAGCCACAGGAAAUCAGUAGCUGAAACUCUGGCAGAAGAUGGCCUAACACGCUCACGCUCUGGCACCAGAGUGAGCGUACAUUCAUCUGUCGAGAGCCACAGGAAAUCAGUAGCUGAAACUCUGGCAGAAGAUGGCCCAACACGCUCACGCUCUGGCACCAGAGUGAGCGUACAUUCAACUGUCGAGAGCCACAGUGAAAGAGCAGCUGAAACUCUGGUAGAAGAUGGCCCAACACGCUCACCCUUUGGCACCAGAGUGAGCGUACAUUCAUCUGUCGAGAGCCACAGGAAAUCAGUAGCUGAAACUCUGGCAGAAGAUGGCCCAACACGCUCACGCUCUGGCACCAGAGUGAGCGUACAUUCAGCUGUCAGGAGCCACAGUGAAAGAGCAGCUGAAACUCCAACACGAUCACCCUUUCGCACCAGCGUGAGGAUACAGUCAGCUGAGCCAGUCUGUGAGAAGACACAGGAUGAGGCCGAGCAGGAACAGGAAGAAGAAAGGAAGAGAAGACGUGAAGAAAAAAACAAACAGCACCUUAGGAUUUUCUUGGCGAGGCUGAUUUCACAGGUGAUCAAGAAAAUGAACGUGGUAUGGAAUUUCACAGACCCAGAGGCCAUCUGUGAACGUCUGCUGGAAAGGACACUGGUCGAAAUUGAGUGUGUGGACUUUGAAGCCACCUCAAAGACUUUUAAAAACUUUGAAAAAACAAUGUUUAAAGACCUGUGUAAGAAGUGGGGCUGUGUAGACAAUGUUCUGGUCUCCUUGGAUACCGCAGAACCAGCCAUUGAUAAGUACAUUGCCUGCUGCAUCAGAGAUCACCUGAUGGUCAGAAUCAGAUGGUCCGAAAGGCUCAAUGCCGCUGCCAGGUUCUUUUCACCCCUAUGCGGAGGCCUCUACUCGUGUCUCUGGUGUACUUUCAAGUAAGUGAAGUGUAGCAUGUUUUUUUACGUGGGGUUUUCGCCAGGAGCUCAGGUUUUCCAGCAUUUAGUGAAGGAUCAACUUAUUCACUAACAUGAAAAAAACCUUUAAGUUGUAACAUCUGCAGAGAAGAAAUGGAGUUGGUUUUGUCAAGUGACGUGGGGUUUUCGCCAGGAGCUCAGGUUUUCCAGCAUUUAGUGAAGGAUCAACUUAUUCACUUACAUGAAAAAAACCUUUAAGUUGUAACAUCUGCAGAGAAGAAAUGGAGUUGGUUUUGUCAAGUGACGUGGGGUUUUCGCCAGGAGCUCAGGUUUGCCCGCAUUUAGUGAAGGAACAAUUGAUUUCGCUAACAUGAAAAAAACCUUUACUUUGUAACAUCUGAGGAGAAGAAAUGGAGUCGGUUUUGUCACGUGACAUAGGGUUUUCGCCAGGAGCUCAGGUUUGCCCGCAUUUAGUGAAGGAACAAUUGAUUUCGCUAACAUGAAAAAAACCUUUACGUUGUAACAUCUGAGGAGAAGAAAUGGAGUCGGUUUUGUCACGUGACAUGGGGUUUUCGCCAGGAGCUCAGGUUUGCCCGCAUUUAGUGAAGGAACAAUUGAUUUCGCUAACAUGAAAAAAACCUUUAAGUUGUAACAUCUGCAGAGAAGAAAUAGAGUCGGUUUUGUCACGUGACGUGGGGUUUUCGCCAGGUGCUCUGGUUUGCCUGCAUUUAGUGAAGGAACAACCGAUUCACUAACAUGAAAAAACAUUUUUAAGUUGUAAUGUCUGAGGAGUAGAAAUAGGUUUAGUGUUAUUAAGUGUCAUAUUUACUGAAAUGUCUUCAUGUGCUAGUUUAUAUGUUUUAAGUAUUUCAUAAUUUCUUCCCAAAUAAUAGUUUUUUUCAUAUAAUAAUAACUAGGGGGAUGGGGCUUUGGAGUUGAUUAGAAUCUCGAAUAUGUCAAAGAUUAGCAACAAAAUUGAUUUGAUUGAAAUACUAUUUUUAUGUAGUUCCAGAUACUCCCUCUGUCGUGUGUAUG